GCUGCAGGGGUAGUGCUGCUGCAGGGGUAUGGACUCAUUGGUCGCAGCUGGGCUAUGGUGUUUGCUGCUGGAGGCUUCAAAGUGAAACUUUAUGAUAUUGCACAACAACAGCUAACAAGCGCACUGGAAAACAUUCGCAAACAAAUGAAAGAGCUGGAGGAGACAGGAUUCCUGAAAGGAGAUUUGAGUGCUGAGCAGCAGAUCUCUCUCAUUAGCAUCUGUACGGACCUGAAGGCAGCAGUAGAGGGUGCUACUUUCAUUCAGGAGUGUACUCCGGAGAACCUGGAACUGAAAAAGAAGAUUUUCGGUCAGCUAGAUCUUAUUGUUGAUGACAAUGUUAUCUUGAGCAGCUCAACCUCUUGUCUCUUACCUAGCAAGUUGUUCACUGGCCUUAAACAUGUUAAGCAGUGUAUCGUGUCACAUCCUGUAAAUCCACCUUACUUUGUGCCAUUGGUUGAAAUUGUUCCUCAUCCAGAAACAGAUCCUUCUGCUGUAGAGAGAACAUAUGCCCUGAUGAAGAAGAUUGGUCAGUCUCCUGUCAAACUAAACAGAGAAGUUGAGGGGUUUGUUCUGAAUCGGCUCCAGUAUGCAGUGAUAAGUGAAGCCUGGAGACUUGUGGAUGAAGGAGUAAUAUCUCCUACUGAUCUAGACCUUGUGAUGUCUGAUGGAUUAGGAAUGCGAUAUGCAUUUAUUGGACCUUUGGAAACCAUGCAUCUUAAUGCAGAAGGUAUUUCAAACUAUUGUGAGAGAUACCGUGAAGGUAUGAGACUUGUUCUGAACACCUUUGGACCGGUUCCAGAAUUUUCAGGUGAAGUUAAGCAGAAAAUCACUCAGGCAAUGUCUGAAAAAAUCCCAGUUGUUCCAAAAAUCUUGGAUGCCAGGAGAAAAUGGAGAGAUGAAUGUCUCACUGGUCUUGCCAAACUGAAAAAACAAAUGAAAUCUGACUGA